AGGAGGGCUCAGGGCGAGAGGGGCCGGUCCGGGGACGUGCUACGUGUCUCCGGAGCCCUUAAUAGCGCCUCGCCGGCCGCCGCCGCCGCCGCCACCGCCGGAGCCGCGCCUGACCCGCUUCGCCGCCCCGCAGCGCCAUGUCGAGCACCGAGAAGACGAGAGCAACCAAUGUGAUUUACCAAGCCCACCACGUCAGCAGAAGUAAGAGAGGACAAGUUGUCGGUACCCGAGGUGGAUUUCGAGGCUGCACGGUUUGGCUAACAGGUCUUUCUGGAGCUGGUAAGACAACCAUUGGCUUUGCUCUGGAAGAGUACUUGGUCUCUCAUGGCAUCCCCUGCUAUUCUCUGGAUGGCGAUAACGUUCGACACGGCUUGAACAAAAACCUGGGUUUCUCGGCUGGGGACCGCGAAGAGAACAUCCGCCGCAUUGCGGAGGUGGCCAGGCUGUUCGCUGAUGCUGGGCUUGUCUGCAUAACCAGCUUUAUUUCUCCUUUUGCAAAGGAUCGUCAAAAUGCACGGAAAAUUCAUGAAGUGGCUGGACUUCCUUUCUUUGAGAUCUUUGUAGAUGCUCCUCUAAAUAUUUGUGAAAGCAGAGAUGUGAAGGGCCUGUACAAAAAGGCAAGAGCUGGAGAGAUCAAAGGAUUCACGGGGAUUGACUCAGAGUACGAGAAGCCUGAAUUUCCUGAACUAGUAUUGAAAACGAAUGUUUCAUCGGUGUCUGAAUGUAUCCAGCAUGUUGUGGAGCUCCUACAAACACAAAACAUUGUCCCGCGGUCGUCAAUUAAGGAUGUUCUCGAGCUGUUUGUACCUGAAAAUAAACUUGAUUUUGUCCGAGUUGAAGCAGAGAUGCUACCAUCCCUAGAGAUCACUAAGCUGGAUCUGCAGUGGGUGCAGGUGCUGAGCGAAGGCUGGGCCACUCCGCUGACCGGCUUCAUGCGCGAGGCAGAGUACUUGCAAGCGAUCCAUUUUGGCACCUUGCUGAAUGGAAAGAAUCACUCCCUAGUUGAUGGCGUUAUCAACCUGAGCAUCCCCAUCGUGCUGCCCAUUUCCGUGGAGGAUAAGCAGCGCCUUAGUGGCUGCAGUGAAUUUACGCUCACCUACAAAGGGCGGAAGAUCGCGAUCCUGAAGAGUCCCGAGUACUUUGAACACAGGAAGGAGGAGCGCUGCGCCCGGAUCUGGGGGACCACCUGCACGAAACACCCACAUGUCAAAAUGGUGGUGGAAAGUGGAGACUGGCUGGUUGGUGGAGAUCUCCUUGUGCUGGAGAGGAUCAAAUGGAACGACGGACUGGACCAAUACCGCCUGACACCAAAGAAUCUCAAACAGAGGUUUAGAGAAAUGAAUGCUGAUGCUGUCUUCGCAUUUCAGCUGCGUAACCCCGUGCACAAUGGGCAUGCCCUGCUCAUGCAGGACACACGGCGACGGCUUUUGGAGAAGGGCUAUAAAAACCCCGUGCUUCUCCUGCACCCCCUGGGGGGAUGGACCAAAGACGAUGACGUCCCGCUGGAGUGGCGGAUGAAGCAGCAUGCGGCCGUGCUAGAUGAGCGUGUUCUGGACCCCAAGUCGACCAUCGUUGCCAUCUUCCCCUCUCCCAUGCUCUACGCCGGCCCCACAGAGGUGCAGUGGCACUGUCGGGCUCGCAUGAUUGCUGGGGCCAAUUUCUACAUAGUGGGCCGAGACCCUGCAGGCAUGCCUCACCCGGAGACCAAGAAGGACCUCUACGAGCCCACGCAGGGAGGGAAGGUCCUCAGCAUGGCGCCAGGCCUGACGUCUGUGGAAAUCAUUCCCUUCCGGGUUGCUGCUUACAACAGAAUAAAGAAGGCGAUGGAUUUUUAUGACCCAAAAAGGCACGACGAAUUUGACUUCAUCUCCGGAACACGCAUGAGAAAACUUGCUCGGGAAGGUGAAAAUCCACCAGACGGCUUCAUGGCCCCUAAAGCUUGGAGGAUCCUAACUGAGUACUACCGGUCACUGGAAAAAAAGAACUAACACUACUUCUCCCUAGAAAUGUGUAUAUUAAGAAUGAGCAGUGAUUCAUUGAUUUCCUGUGAUGCAGAUCAGUAACUUGGCAUUUUCAAUAUUCUGACUGUAGGAUUUUCCAAACAAGGUCAGAAUGUUUUUUUUACUAAUCAGAAAUAUUUUGAGCCUGAUCCUUUUCCCCUUGAACUUGCUGAGAGCGUCCCUGUAGUGCUGGAAGAGGAGGGGAGCAGGCCCUUCGUUCCCAGCACAACGUGGCUCCGGAAAGCAAUUACCCCGCACGGGAUUCACGUUGGCCAGUUGGAUCGCUUCGUGCCGCCGUGGCCGUGCACCGGUCCCUGGUGCAGAGCUGGGACCUCGUCACUGGGAUUAAAAGUACGUCCCCCCUUUGUGAAGCAGAAAUGAAGAAGUGACUUGCCGUUACCCCUCGCCCCGUGUGGCCCCGCUGCUGGCCAGAAGAGACGGGGAGCAGCUGCUGAAGCGAGGAGAGCUGCUCGUUGCGGAGAGGCAGGCUGCAGCCGGCAGAGCCUGGGGAAGCUGUGGUUGCCGCACCGUGACAAAAUCCAAGUGCCAAGUGGGCCCAAGUGACUGUACCCACAAGGAGCCGGGCAGAGAGAUGGCUCAAACGCUUCCCCUCUUCCUUAUGCGCCCUGCACCUGAGUCCAGAGCCUUAAGCAGGCACAGAUGAGCCAGUUUUACUUCACAGCUGCAGGAUGGCCCAGGCACUGCUGUGGAGAGGGUGGCGGUGCCCAGAAGUGAGCGUUUUUCCCAGAUCUGGCUGAUGGAAAGUUACUGCAGAGUCGUGUGGUUUUGUUUUUUUUCUUUUCGACAUGGACUUUGCCAUCCUGCUUCGUGCUUUUGUGCUGACUCGCAGUUAUUGCAGGGAACGCGUACGUGGCCGGACACUGCAGAUCUAGUGACACGCUUUACCUGGUCUUAUCUGUAGCCUUGCCGUGAGCGUGUCACGCCGGUACGCUGAGGCCUUGCCAGUGCGUUUCCAGGUGGUGCUGAAGGUUUGGGGAUCUCAGCGAAAAUCCCAGCUCCGCCUGCUUUCCCGUCCCCGCGCCUCGGCGGGCCGCUCGCAGGCGGCAGCGGCUUCCCCGGGGCCCAUCCUGCGCCCCCGCGCCUCCACACUCCUGCCUCCAGCAGCCCCAGGGCCAGGCGCUGCCUCCGCGGCCGCGAUGCUCAGGUGUAAUAUUUCGGUGGGGGGGAAACAGCUAUGCACUUGUUAGUUAUCGCAACAAUGAGAAUUCGUGAUUUUUUUAUACUUGUCAUUUUUUUAGCCCCAGAACCAGUCAGAAUGUGUUUUACAUGAACUGGAAAUAGUGUUCGCCUACGCCUUAUAUUUCAGUUUUAAUUACAAAUGGAUCUGCCUUAAGUAAAAAACAAUCAUGUCGUGCCUUGUCAUUUAGCCGAGUGAAACCUUUUUGCUGUGGCCAUGGUACAGCGUCCAAACCUAUGCAAGCAAUUGGAAAUAUUUUUGCAAAAAUGUUUUAUUUUUCAAUGAUGUCACCUGGGGUUUUUCUGGUAAUUUUUAAGUAUUCAGAGUAAGGAGCCCAAAGCUGUAUUAUACCUCAGAAAAGCUGCAAGGACAACGUUGUUAGCUGAAAGCAUACUAGCAAUAGUGCCUUUUAUAUUCAGCCCUCUGGCAGGGACCUGAAAGACAAAAGCAAUACUCCAACUUGUAAUUGUAAUAUUUGCCAUUUUUUAAAGUAGUGAAGUAGUGCUGUUGUAUCUUAAAAUAAUCAGAUGGUUCAAGAAGAUGCAGUAAAUCCAAGUGGUUACAGCAGAAGAUAAAUGUUGUAUUAUCCUUUCAAAAUAGCGUAGUAGGCUGAUUACCUCUGAUUAAAUCAGAAUACAUCAUUGACUAGUUUUUUUUAUAGGGUAUUUAUUAAAGACAUGAGACUGGAAUCUGUACCUCAACUGAUGCAUCUCAUGAUUUAAUAUAUUCUGAAAUUGAUACUCUGCUACGAAACACUCACUUUUAGUACAAAUAAAUAUUUAUACGUAUAA